AGAGCCGUCUCGCCCACGUCAUGUUACCGCAGCAACGCACAGCGCCCUCCAUAUUGGAUUACAGGGACGUUGACGGCGCGAAGUUUAUAACACGUAAAUAGGCUACAGACGAUCCCGAGUACUCGACUUGCAAGACAAGUUAGUGUCAUGAUUCAUUGAUCUCCAGUGCUGAAGUGCUUGCUGCUACCACUAAAUCGACAACUGUAGCGGGGAUGUAAUUCCAGUUGACUGUAUGUAAACCUGUUAUCAUGGCAGCAAGAUCAACAUACUACCAAGCCCUGGAUGGCCCUGCAAAAGUCCGAUAUAACAAGAUUCUGCAGUGUAUUGAUGACAUUGAUCCAUACACAAUUAGUUUGCGGUCAUGGAAAGAGGAUCCACAUUCUCUUCCUCAAAUAUCGUAUCCUGACAUUGUUAAUUUUCUAGUGUAUACUCCUAGUCCAUACACUUUGGAGGACUUGAAAUGCUAUAAAGGCCUGGAUGCGUACAACCAAUUCGUAAGUGGAUGGGUUCGUAAUGUCGUUUCUACCGUCAUCAACGGCAAGCACGUUGUUACAGCAAAGGUGAUGCAUUCACAGAGACUGCGGGAGGCGGCACUCAAGCCAUGGUUAAUUGCAGAAAAGUGUGGGAAGAUCAUCGCAACCCACUGCAACUGCAUUGCUGGUCUCGGAGAGGCUUGUACUCAUGUCAGUGCUUUGAUGUUUUACAUUGACACAAAGGUGCGUAUCAGAGAUAGCAAAACAGUAACACAGGAACCAGCUUACUGGAAGAUUCCAUCUGCUGUAAAGGAUGCCCAAUACUUACCUGUAGCUCAAAUAGACUUCACAUCAGCCAAAACCAAAAAGAGGAAGCUUGAUAUGUUAGUUAAUGAUGGUUUGAUGCCACCUCCACGGAGCAAGGUGCGGAAGAUAGUUCCUGGGCCUACUGAUGCUGAACUCACAACCCUCUUCUCGCAGAUGAAUGCAACAGGAACUAAGCCGGCACUCCUCAGCGUUGUACCUGAACACUGCCACCAAUUCAAACCAUCACAUACUGACAACAUCCUUCCACCAAUUCUAACCGAUCUGUAUAACCCUCAGUACUCAACUCUCUCAUUUCCUGACCUGCUUAACAGAUGCAACGAAUUUCAGCUGACAAUUACCCAAGAGAAGGCAGACAAUGUAGAAAAGGCAACAAGAGCACAAUCAUCCAGCAAGAAAUGGUUUCGUUUUCGAUCAGGCCGCACCACUGCAUCAAAGAUGAAGAAUGUUUGCAGGACUAAUCCAGACCAACCUUCUCAAUCACUCAUUCAAUCUGUGUGCUAUCCAGAGUCGUGCAGGUUUUCUACAGCUGCAACCAAGUGGGGAUGCUCCCAUGAAAUAGAGGCACGGCAGGCUUAUGUGGAAAGAAUGGGAGAAGUGCACCAUAAUUUUGAUGUUAAGGACUCUGGCUUGGUAAUUAACACAAGUUGCCCCCACAUUGGGGCUUCCCCAGAUGGGCGUAUUUCCUGUGAUUGCUGUGGGGAAGGUGUCCUAGAAAUCAAGUGUCCAUUUUGUGCUCGUGACACUCAAGUCAAUGAAUAUGCAUCCCUACAAAAUACAUGCCUUGUAGCAAAUGAUAACGAGGUUUCUCUUGAUAGGAAACAUGCAUACAUGUAUCAGGUUCAAACACAAAUACAUACUUGCUCUGUUGACUAUGCUGACUUUGUGUUGUGGACAAAUACAGAUGUCCAUAUCGAGCGAGUUGAGCCUGAUGCAAAUAUGUGGGAUGAAAUUCUAGAAAAAAGUCGCGAGUUUUUCUACAAAGCAGUGCUACCAGAAUUAAUGGGCAAAUUUUACACCCGUAUCCCAUCUGUUCACGAUAAGCCACCAGCUACACACUGCUACUGUGGAAAAUCGCAACCUGUGGACAAGAUGAUCUCAUGCGCUAAUGAAGGCUGCAAAAUCACCUGGUUCCACCAAAGUUGCCUCCAGAUAAAGAGACUGCCAAAAGGGAAAUGGAUCUGCCCAGAGUGUCGUAAAAUACCACGGAAAAAGGAAGAAUGAAAUUUUUAUUAUAACAAUAAUUGGUUGUGCUUUUUAAGGAAAGUUGCAGAGAGUUUAAUCACUUUCUUUUUUCCACCCCAAGGCAAAAAAUGCAUAACUUUUGGGCUAAAGCCAUUCCCUGACAAAAACUAGGUUUUUUUUUCACUUUGAGAAAAGAUAAAGGCUUUUGUGCAAAAACAUGAUCUUAAUUGUCCAAUGGGCUCCAUCACUGUGGAAAGACUGUACCCUUAUCCUUAAAAGAAUACAUUUAAAAAGGGCUCCUGCAUGUACCUUACUUUUCCUAGUUGUAUUAAUUUCAAAUGGGUGCAAUCAAAUGUACAUGUAUAGAAAUCCCUUGUAACACACACCAGGCUGUAAUAAAAACAAAGGACCUCUGAUCAAAGUU